AUGCUUGGCUCGAUACGGGACACGCUGUUGACGGUGCAGAAUGAAUUGUCAAAUGGCGUUGAACGUCUACGAGUGAAUGUGACGCCGACACUGGCUGUGCAAAGAUGCCCGGUCGAAACGAUAAACGAAUUGGUGAACACGAGUGCUGGAAGUGAUUUGUUGUUGAAAUAUCAAACCCAGCUGGAUCAAAUGCAAACCGUUUCCGAUGAGGGAGUCCGUUUAGCGAAUUUGUGCAGUACACGGCUCGGAAGAGCGCAACAAAUGUGUCGGGAACGAGCCGACGCCGUUCUCAACAUUGACACUUUCUUACGCUCCAUUCAGGAUGUUGAUAAAAGGAUACGAGAGAUCGGGAAACAGGUUGAAAAGCUGCAACGUUUCUGCGAUCAAACCGAGUUGGCUUUCGCUCAUUUGGAGGGUCUAUGCAUGGUGGUCAGGGCUGAAGAAGAGGUGGAAUUGAUUCGUGAACGAGCGAGAGUUGUCGCGAGCCUCGUCCCACCCGUCACCCCACCGCCAAGCGUUUUCCCCCCUCCAGCCGUGCAAGCCUCGGACACAGUGAGAGCUCAACAAGAAGAGGUGAUGCUCGAGGAGUUUCUAUCAAAGCCA